AUGGGUGCUCCCAACGGUACUGCGCCUGUCAAUGGCCACGGCAGCUCCGACACCGCCAAGUACAAUCUCCCUUCACAUUUCAUCGGUGGUAACCACCUCGACGUAGCAGCGCCAAGCUCCGUCAAGGACUUUGUCGCCCGCCAUGGCGGUCACUCCGUCAUUACCUCGGUUCUGAUUGCCAACAACGGUAUUGCCGCCGUCAAAGAGAUCCGAUCCGUGCGGAAAUGGGCCUACGAGACCUUCGGCAACGAGCGUGCCAUCCAGUUCACCGUCAUGGCCACUCCCGAGGACUUGCGCGCCAACGCCGAUUAUAUCCGUAUGGCGGACCAAUACGUCGAAGUCCCCGGUGGUACCAACAACAACAACUACGCCAACGUCGAGUUGAUCGUCGAUGUGGCCGAGCGAAUGGAUGUCCACGCCGUCUGGGCCGGUUGGGGUCACGCCUCCGAGAACCCGCGCUUGCCCGAGUCGCUCGCCGCGUCGCCCAAGAAGAUCAUAUUCAUCGGACCUCCCGCCUCGGCCAUGCGCUCGCUGGGUGACAAGAUCUCCUCCACGAUUGUCGCACAGCACGCCGGAGUGCCUUGCAUUCCCUGGUCCGGCACGGGUGUCGAGGAAGUGACCGUCGAUGACAAGGGCAUCGUCACCGUCGAGGAUGAGGUCUACAACCGGGGCUGCACCCACUCGCCCCAGGAGGGUCUCGAGAAGGCCCGCGAGAUUGGCUUCCCGGUGAUGAUCAAGGCGUCCGAGGGCGGUGGUGGUAAGGGUAUCCGUAAGGUCGAGAACGAGCAGGACUUUGUGAGCCUGUACAACGCCGCCGCCAACGAGAUCCCCGGUUCCCCCAUCUUCAUCAUGAAGCUCGCGGGCAACGCCCGUCACUUGGAGGUCCAGCUGCUGGCCGAUCAGUACGGUAACAACAUCUCCCUCUUCGGUCGUGAUUGUUCCGUUCAGCGUCGUCACCAGAAGAUCAUCGAGGAGGCUCCCGUCACCAUCGCCAAGCCGAUCACCUUCCAGGCCAUGGAGAAGGCCGCCGUCAGCCUGGGUCGCCUGGUCGGUUACGUCUCGGCCGGUACUGUCGAGUACCUGUACUCGCACGCCGAUGACAAGUUCUACUUCCUCGAGUUGAACCCCCGUCUUCAGGUCGAGCAUCCCACCACCGAGAUGGUCUCGGGCGUGAACCUGCCCGCUGCCCAGCUCCAGAUCGCUAUGGGUAUCCCCCUGCACCAGAUCCGUGACAUUCGCUUGUUGUACGGUGUCGACCCCAACACCUCCUCCGAGAUCGAUUUUGACUUCUCCAGCGAGGAGAGCUUCCAAACUCAGCGCCGCCCCCAGCCCAAGGGCCACACCACCGCCUGCCGUAUCACCUCCGAGGAUCCCGGUGAGGGCUUCAAGCCCUCGAGCGGUACCAUGCACGAGCUGAACUUCCGUUCCUCCUCCAAUGUGUGGGGUUAUUUCUCCGUCGGUACCGCCGGUGGUAUUCACAGCUUCUCCGACAGUCAGUUCGGUCAUAUCUUCGCCUACGGUGAGAACCGAUCUGCCUCGCGAAAGCACAUGGUUGUUGCCCUCAAGGAGUUGAGCAUUCGUGGUGACUUCCGCACCACUGUCGAGUACCUGAUCAAGCUGCUCGAGACCCCGGCCUUCGAGGAUAAUACCAUCACUACCGGAUGGUUGGAUCAAUUGAUAUCCAACAAGCUGACCGCCGAGCGCCCUGACCCCAUCGUGGCCGUCAUCUGUGGUGCUGUCACCAAGGCCCACUUGGCCAGCGAGGCCGGCAUCGAAGAGUACCGCAAGGGUCUCGAGAAGGGUCAAGUCCCUUCCAAGGACAUUCUCAAGACUGUGUUCCCCGUGGACUUCAUCUACGAGGGCCAUCGCUACAAGUUCACCGCCACCCGCGCCGGCCUGGACAGCUAUCACCUGUUCAUCAACGGCUCCAAGUGCUCCGUGGGUGUCCGCGCCUUGGCUGACGGUGGUCUGCUGAUCCUGCUCAACGGUCGCAGUCACAACAUCUACUGGAAGGAGGAGGCCGCUGCUACUCGUCUGAGUGUCGACGGCAAGACCUGUCUUCUGGAGCAGGAGAAUGACCCCACUCAACUGCGUUCUCCCUCGCCCGGUAAGCUGGUCAAGUUCACCGUGGAGAACGGUGAGCACGUCCGUGCCGGUCAGCCCUACGCCGAGGUCGAGGUCAUGAAGAUGUACAUGCCGCUCAUCGCUCAGGAGGAUGGUAUUGUGCAGCUGAUCAAGCAGCCCGGUGCCACUCUGGAGGCCGGUGACAUUCUGGGUAUUCUGGCUCUUGAUGACCCCUCCCGUGUCAAGCACGCCCAGCCCUUCACCGGUCAGCUGCCAGAGUUGGGCCCCCCCGUCGUUGUCGGUUCCAAGCCCGCCCAGCGAUUUGCUCUUCUGCACACCAUCCUUGAGAACAUUCUCCGCGGCUUCGACAACCAGGUCAUCAUGGGUACCACCCUGAAGGAGCUGGUGGAGGUCCUGCAAAACCCUGAAUUGCCCUACGGCGAGUGGAAUGCCCAGUCCUCAGCUCUGCACUCUCGCAUGCCUCAGAAGCUUGACGCCCAGCUGCAGACCAUUGUGGACAAGGCCAAGGCGCGUAAAGCUGAAUUCCCUGCCAAGCAGCUUCAGAAGACGAUUGCUCGCUUCAUCGAGGAGAACGUCAACCCCUCCGAUGCUGAUAUCCUCAAGACCACCCUUCUGCCCCUAGACCACGUGAUCAACAAGUAUCUGGAUGGUCUGAAGACCAACGAGUAUAAUGUUUUCAUUGGUCUGCUGGAGCAGUACUACGAAGUCGAAAAGCUCUUCAGCACGGGCACCAAGCGCGACGAAGAUGUCAUCCUGAAGCUUCGUGAGGAGAACAAGGAGAACAUUGUUCCCGUCAUUCACACCGUUCUUUCUCACAGCCGCAUCGGCUCCAAGAAUAACCUCGUUCUGGCCAUUUUGGACAUGUACCGUCCCAACCAGCCGAACGUGGAGAAUGUCGGCAAGCACUUCAAGACUAUCCUGAAGAAGCUCACCGAGCUCGAGGCUCGCGCUGCGGCCAAGGUCACCCUCAAGGCCCGUGAGGUCCUCAUUCAGUGCGCCUUGCCCUCGCUGGAGGAGCGCCUGUCUCAGAUGGAGCACAUCCUCCGCUCCUCGGUCGUCGAGUCUCGCUACGGCGAGACCGGCUGGGAGCACCGUGAGCCCGACUUGAAUGUGCUCAAGGAUGUCGUCGACUCCAAGUACACCGUCUUUGACGUUCUGCCCCGCUUCUUCAUCCACUCCGACGCCUGGGUUACCCUCGCCGCCCUGGAGGUCUACGUCCGCCGUGCCUACCGUGCCUACACCCUCAAGAGCAUUGAUUACUCCGCCGGUGUCGAGCCUCCUAUGCUCACCUGGGACUUCACUCUGGGCAAGCUCGGCCAGCCCGAGUUCGGUCCUAUUUCUUCGACUCAGCCCUCGACCCCCGGCACUCCCACCGCCGAGUCCCACAACCCCUUCAAGCGGAUCAACUCCAUCAGCGACAUGUCAUACCUUGUCAAUGACCCCUCCAGCGAUCCCAUUCGCAAGGGUGCGAUCUUCCCCAUUCAGUACCUCGAAGAUGCAGAGGAGUAUCUCAUUCGCGCUUUGGAGGCGUUCCCUCGUGCUGGUUCCAAGAGCAAGCGUGCCGUUGAGGGUGGUUUGAUCGCCAACCUGGAGGGCAAGCGUCGGCCCGCGAUCAAGACCGAGAGCGACGAGCUCACCGGUGUGCUCAACAUCGCCAUCCGCGACAUUGAGGAUCAAGAUGACUCUCAGAUCGUCGGCCAGAUGCAGAAGCUGCUCGCUGAUGCCAAGGAGGAGCUUUUGGCCCGUCGCAUCCGUCGGGUGACUUUCAUCUGCGGUAAGAAGGGUGUCUACCCUGGCUACUUCACUUUCCGUGGGCCUACCUACGAGGAAGAUGAGAGCAUCCGUCACAAUGAACCUGCUCUGGCCUUCCAGCUGGAACUGGGUCGUCUGUCCAAGUUCAAGAUCAAGCCUGUCUUCACCGAGAACCGUAACAUUCACGUCUACGAAGCCAUUGGCAAGGGCCCUGAGAACGACAAGGCUGUUGACAAGCGCUACUUCGUCCGUGCUGUCGUGCGUCCUGGCCGUCUUCGCGAUGACAUUCCUACCGCCGAGUAUCUGAUCUCGGAAGCCGAUCGCUUGAUGAACGAUAUUCUGGAUGCCCUCGAGAUUAUCGGCAACAACAACUCUGACCUGAACCACAUCUUCAUGAACUUCUCUCCCGUUUUCAACUUGCAGCCCAUUGAUGUUGAGCAGGCUCUUGCUGGAUUCUUGGACCGCUUUGGUCGUCGUCUCUGGCGUCUGCGUGUGACCGGUGCUGAGAUUCGUAUUCUGUGCACUGAUCCCACCACCGGCAUGCCUUACCCUCUGCGUGUUAUCAUCACCAACACCUACGGUUUCAUCAUUCAGGUCGAGCUGUACAUUGAGCGCAAGUCCGAGAAGGGCGAGUGGAUCUUCCAGAGUAUCGGUGGUACCAACAAGCUUGGAUCCAUGCACAUGCGCCCUGUUUCCACUCCCUACCCUACCAAGGAGUGGCUCCAGCCCAAGCGUUACAAGGCCCACCUUAUGGGAACUCAGUACGUGUACGACUUCCCCGAGCUCUUCCGCCAGGCCUUCCAGAACAGCUGGACCAAGGCCCUCGAGACCAUUCCUUCCCUUGCCUCGCAACGCCCGCCCAUUGGAGAGUGCAUCGACUACAGCGAAUUGGUUCUGGAUGAUACCGAUAACUUGGUCGAGGUCUCCCGUGAGCCCGGUACCAACAGCCACGGUAUGGUCGGCUGGAUCGUUACCGCCCGUACACCUGAGUACCCUCGUGGCCGUCGCUUCAUCAUUGUUGCCAACGACAUUACCUUCCAGAUUGGUUCCUUUGGACCCCAGGAAGAUAAGUUCUUCCACAAGUGCACUGAACUGGCCCGCAAGCUUGGAAUUCCCCGCAUCUACUUGUCCGCCAAUUCCGGUGCUCGCAUUGGUAUGGCCGAGGAACUGAUCCCCUACUUCUCUGUUGCCUGGAAUGAUGCCUCCAAGCCCGAGGCUGGCUUCAAGUACUUGUACCUGACCCCCGAGGUCAAGAAGCGUUUCGAUGCCAGCAAGAAGAAGGAGGUCAUUACCGAGCUCAUCACUGACGAGGGUGAGGAACGUCACAAGAUCACCACCAUCAUUGGUGCCAAGGACGGCCUGGGUGUCGAAUGUCUGAAGGGUUCCGGUUUGAUCGCCGGUGCCACGUCCAAAGCUUAUGAAGACAUCUUCACCAUCACUUUGGUGACCUGCCGUUCCGUCGGUAUCGGUGCUUAUCUUGUGCGCCUUGGCCAACGUGCUAUUCAGGUUGAGGGCCAGCCCAUCAUCCUGACCGGCGCCCCUGCUAUCAACAAGCUUCUCGGUCGCGAGGUCUAUACCUCCAACUUGCAGCUGGGUGGUACGCAGAUCAUGUACAAGAACGGUGUUUCACACAUGACUGCCAACGAUGACUUUGAGGGUGUCUCGAAGAUCGUUGACUGGAUGAGCUUUGUUCCUGACAAGAAGGGUGCUCCUAUCCCGAUCCGUGCCUGGUCUGAUGACUGGGACCGUGAUGUGGCCUACCACCCUCCUGCCAAGCAGGCUUACGACCCGCGCUGGCUGAUCGCCGGUAAGCAGGAGGAGGACGGCUUCCUACCCGGUCUCUUCGAUAAGGACUCCUUCGAGGAGGCUCUGGGUGGCUGGGCUCGCACUGUUGUUGUAGGUCGUGCUCGCCUUGGUGGUAUCCCCAUGGGUGUUAUCGCUGUCGAGACCCGUGCCGUUGAGAACGUUACUCCUGCCGAUCCGGCCAACCCCGACUCAAUGGAAAUGAUCUCUCAAGAGGCCGGUGGUGUUUGGUAUCCCAACUCCGCCUUCAAGACUGCGCAGGCGCUCCGCGACUUCAACAAUGGCGAGCAGCUGCCCGUUAUGAUCCUGGCCAACUGGCGUGGUUUCUCGGGUGGCCAGCGGGAUAUGUACAACGAGGUUCUGAAGUAUGGUUCCUACAUCGUUGACGCACUUGUCAAGUACGAGCAGCCCGUGUUUGUCUACAUCCCGCCCUUCGGUGAGCUGCGUGGUGGUUCGUGGGUCGUCGUCGACCCGACCAUCAACCCCGAGCAGAUGGAGAUGUACGCCGACGAGGAUGCCCGUGGUGGUGUCCUCGAGCCCGAGGGUAUCGUCAACAUCAAGUACCGUCGUGACAAGCAGCUCGACACCAUGGCUCGUCUGGACCCCACCUACGGUGAGCUUCGCCGCUCGCUCGAGGACACCUCGCUCUCCAAGGAGCAGCUGUCCGAAAUCAAGGCGAAGAUGGCCGAGCGUGAGGAGCAGCUGCUCCCUGUGUACAUGCAGAUUGCUCUCCAAUUCGCCGAUCUGCACGACCGUGCCGGCCGCAUGCAAGCUAAGAACACCAUCCGUGGUGCUAUGCGCUGGCAGAAUGCCCGUCGCUUCUUCUACUGGCGUCUUCGCCGUCGUUUGAGCGAGGAGCUGAUCGUCAAGCGCAUGGUUGCUGCCUCUCCCAACCUUUCUGCUCGGGAUGGCGCCAUUCCUUCGUCUACUGCCUCCGCUGCCGAGACUCCUCUACCCUCCGCCGAGACUCCUCGCGCCGUGCACCUUCGCAACCUGCACGCCUGGACCGGCCUUUUGGACCAGGAAUUGGAGCACGAUGAUCGCAAGGUUGCCAUGUGGUACGAGGAGAACAAGAAGGCUGUGCAAGCCAAGGUUGAAGCGCUCCGGACCGAGGGCAUUGCCUCCGAGGUCGCCUCUCUGUUGAUCAGCAACAAGGAUGGUGGUUUGCGCGGUGUGCAGCAGGUGCUGUCCAUGCUACCCGUUGAGGAGCGGGAAAGCGUGCUCAAGUACCUGUCCUCCGCCUAA